AUGGGUAAUACGCAUGGAACUUCGGCAAAUGGUCCCAUUAUUAGCGUCGAGGAUGCCAGAGCACAUAUUUCUGAUGAGGAAUAUCGAAGACUUAAAGCUGCUUUUUCGGGUUUCAAGAAGCAAUUUAUAACUUACGAUGAAUUCUGCUACCACGUUCUUGGUGGUGCUCGUAUUCCAGAGGAUAUGCAAAGGGAGCUGUUCCUUUUUUGCUCCCGAAAUGCGGAAACGCUUUCCUUUGAGAACCUUCUAACAGCUCUUGUAGGGCUAUGCCGUAUUGAACAAGUUCAGGAACAUUUUAUUGAAGAAUGCAAGGGCUUUGCUUCUUGGGGUCUUCGGCCGCCGCUGCUAACGAUUCCAAUGAGCGAUUCGUACAUCUCAUUUUAUGAAGUGAUGUCUUACGUCACACACUUGUCUGUUGGUGAGGUAAUGGAACUGGAAAAGGUUUUCGCUACGAUCAGUGAUCGCUCUGUAUGUAAACUUUCCAAAGACCGCUGGGAUGCAGCUCUAUGUGGUUGUUUUCCAAGAAAAUUUUCCGAUCAGUUGUUUCGCGUAUUCGACGAGAAUAGAGAUAACCAAAUAGAUUUCCGCGAGUUGGUAUGUGGUUUGUCAGCAAUGUGCCGUGGACCAUUUCCAAGUCGAUUAUCCUUUCUUGCGAAGUUAUGGGAUGAAGAUUGCGAUGCAAUGCUUUCGGAUGCCGAACUUAAGGAAAUGUACGCCGAUUUGAAUGUGCCUGAAGGUGAUAGGGCGGUGGCUAAGAGUUCUGGUGAGAAAGCGGCUGUAGCGGACUUUGCCACAUGGGCGAAUGAAAACGAGUACUCUAAGGAGUACUAUGCAAUGGCCAUGGAAAUAGGCCAUAUUUGCCUGGGACUUCGUCCAGAAUCACAUCGUGUUGGUUUCGCUCUUGUCAAUUCUUUCGAAUAUCGUUCGAAAGGUUUACCUCUUCCUCAAUGGAGUAUUGUGUCUUCUGUAUGGCAUAAUGCUUGGAGCAGGGCGGCGUCUGAAGGAAAGCCACCACCACCAGUGGACAACUCCGCUAUCAAAGGUGCUAAAGCGGACGAUGGAUGGAGUGGAAAGGUUGCUUGCUUGUCGCUAGAAUCAGCUAAUCUCAAGGUAGAUCUCAAUCCAGAAGAUUAUAUCGCAGUCCCUCCUGUACUGUGGAGAGCAUGGCUGCGAUGGCAUGGAAGUGCACAGUCGGUUGAUGGUCAAUUCACACGUAAGAGACUUGGCGGUGAGUUUUUUCCUGAUGGAAAGGAAUCUCUAGAACUUUACCCGAUGGAUAUUUUACUGCUUGGUCAUGAUAAAAAGAAAACGAAAGACAUUGACGGCAUACAGCAGCUGUCACCAUGGGCAUGUGCGCAGGUUUCCCGAAGUUGCACUGUGGACGAAUUACUACAGCUGUGCAGAAACGAGCUUCGACUUGGUGAUGGGGAUGCUAGGUUAUGGCUAGUUGGUGAUGAAGGUAACACUCUACUGGACGACGGGAAAAGAACAUUACAUGAGCUAACAGUAAAGGGAAAACGAGUCAAUAAGUUCCUACUCGAGCUCAGGGAUUCUAACGGAGUAUGGCCAGAAGAAUUGCGAGCGUCGUUAACAGGAACUCAAAUAUCAUCGCUAGCUUGUACUACUGGUCGACCUGGAGCCGUUGGGUUAGUAAAUUCAGGAAAUUUUUGUUAUCGAAACGCAGCCAUACAGUGCCUGGCUCGUGUUUCUCCUCUGACGGAAUAUUUACUAAAUGAAGCGAUCUUGAAUGCGUUGAAGAGAGGAGAUGCUAACAAUAAUGCGUCGUUCGCGACAACAUUGGAAUAUUCAAAACUGUUGAAGGAGAUGUGGUCAACGAAGAAUAAGAACAUUUCUCCUAAUAGAUUCAAUGAAGCCGUUCGAUUUGCAGAACAAUUCGAUGACGGAGAGCAGCAUGACUGCCAAGAAUUUGUAUCUUUUCUAAUUGAACGAUUCCAUACCUGUGUUGCUAAGAUGGAAAACCAGAACUCAAUUACUGAUGGUGGGAGAUCUCAUGAAAGUGGAGAAAGUGGCAGUAACGAGGCAUCCUGCGGUAAAGAUGAAGCCAGUGACGCAGGUAAAACGGACGAGGAAAAAGCCGAGAAGGCGUGGGAGGACUACAUUCGAGACAAUAACUCACUGGUUACAUCACUGUUCUCAGGCCAACUACGCUCACGUCUCAUCUGCCGUAAAUGCAAAUCUGCUUCAUCAGUAUUUGAAGUUUUCACAUCACUGAGCCUUCCAAUCGGCUUUGAAAAUGUGGAGUUGUACCAAAUUACUGUGGUCCGUCGCGAUGGAAGUGUACCACGCCGGUAUGGUUUCCGACUACCACGUGAGUGUACGGUGGGCACAUUCAAAGGUCUUGUCGCUGAGGCAAGCGGAGUGAGCCGAGACGCUUUGACUGUGCAGUGUCUGAGCAAAAGAGGGUGCUUCAUGAAUCCUUCAAAUGCCGAAGACGGUAUAGCGCUUAGUUCAGUACCACCUGGCGCACGUCUUUAUGCACUUCAGCUUCCAGAGGAUACUCCAGAUUGGCGGGUUGCCAUUCAUCGAAAGUUGCAGUAUAACUAUGAGCCAUACUUUCUUGGUGCGACAGGAGGUUUCAUAGUAACGCAAUUCGGUCUGCCGCUCAUUGUGCCAUGUCCUCCGGAUAUCACCGGAAAGCAGUUAUAUGAGGAUGUCAUGGUUCAGAUGCGACGGUUCAUGGACACAUCAUCACCGACGAUAUCUAGUCGUGCACAUGAUCCUUCUGAGGAUAUCUCGUUCGGUUACCCAUUUUCACUUUGCUUGGCUGACGAAUCGUGGGAAUGGUGUGGUCAGUGCCCGCCUCUGCGGUUUUGUCGCGGUUGCCUUAUAAAACCGGACUCGUCUUUGGCAAAUAUACCAGAAAACUGUGGGAUAGCUGUUGAUUGGUUGCCAAUUGCACUUUAUCUCAAGUACAAUCAUUCUCAGGAACUGGCUUGCGAAGAUGACGAUUCGGUGGCAGAGACUUGGUCCCGCCACUUUGCCCCGUCGUCAUUGGAGCAUUGUCUGGAAAGGUUCAGUUGUCCAGAAACCUUAGACGCGUUGAUUCACUGUGAUAAGUGCAAUGAGAAAACGAAGAGGGACAAAGUGAUGACAAUAUGGAAGCUGCCGAGAUAUUUGAUAAUCCACUUGAAGCGAUUCGAGUUCCUACGGUAUGAAAAACGAAUGGGCAAGUGUAAACGUGUGAUAACGUUCCCGUUAAAACAGUUUGAUCCAGCAUCGUUUGUGGACGGUAAGGGAGAAAGGAGCAAAUACGAGUGCAUAGCGAUAGCCAAUCAUUACGGCCAGCUGUCGUCUGGACACUUUGUCGCUUAUGCUCGUGGAAGUGGCGACAAGUGGUUACUACUAAAUGACUGCUCCGUAAAAGUAAGUGUGUUACUAUUCUUUGUUCACGAUUAA